ACUUGCCCAGUGAACGACGGUCUUAGGGACGACAACGAGCAAACAUGCUGUUUUAUAUCAAUUCCUUCCAGUGUCAGGUUAUAUUUAAAUACUCGACUCUACUACUACGGCCGUCAUGCAUCUACUAAGCAUACGCCCCUCCGAAGCAGCGGCAGUGAGCUCUUCCACUCUCCCAUGGCGUUCGUGCUAUAAAUUUCCUCCGCCGUCUCCUCCUAUCGCUGUCCCUUUCCCACGUGUUCCUACCUCUCUGCAGUGCGCGUUCGAGAUUAGGGCACUGUGUAGGGCGACCUCCGCAGGAAUGAUGGAUGACGGGACAGUGACGGCCGAGGCCGCCGCUGGUGAGAUGGUAUUUGAACCGAUCCUGGAAGACGGCGUCUUCCGCUUCGAUUGCUCUGGAAAUGACCGCGACGCUGCAUUCCCAAGCCUUUCAUUCGCCGAUCCGAAGGCUAGGGAAACCAUCAUCACCGUUGAUGGCAAGCUCCCGGAGUUCGUACCUACCUUUGAGAGACUAUAUGACCAGCAGAUCGUGAAGAUUCAGCUUCCUCUGGGAACCUCGCUCUAUGGAACGGGAGAGGUUAGCGGACAGUUCGAGCGGACUGGAAAGAGGAUAUUUACAUGGAAUACGGAUGCAUGGGGUUAUAGCUCCGGAACUACAUCUUUGUACCAGUCGCAUCCUUGGGUGUUGGCUGUUAUGUCUGACGGAAAGGCUUUUGGCGUUCUUGCUGACACCACCCGGCGAUGCGAGAUUGAUCUCCGGGAGAGUUCUACUAUAAAAUUUGUGUCUACAGCUGCAUACCCUGUGAUCACAUUUGGCCCCUUCAAAUCACCUACUGAUGUUUUGAUUUCCCUAUCUCAUGCAAUUGGAACUGUUUUUAUGCCUCCCAAAUGGUCGCUUGGUUAUCAUCAAUGUCGCUGGAGCUAUGAGACAGAUGAAAGAGUUCGCAAGAUUGCUACCAAUUUCCGGGAAAGAGGCAUACCCUGUGAUGUUCUAUGGAUGGACAUAGACUACAUGCAUGGUUUCCGAUGUUUUACUUUUGACAAAGAGCGCUUUCCUGAUCCAAAAGCUUUGGUGGGAGAUCUUCAUGCUAUGGGUAUCAAGGCAGUAUGGAUGCUUGACCCCGGUAUCAAAUAUGAGGAGGGUUAUUAUGUUUAUGAUAGUGGUUCUAACAAUAGUGUGUGGAUCCAGAAAGAAGAUGGCAAACCUUUCGUUGGUGAGGUAUGGCCUGGGCCUUGUGUUUUUCCUGACUUUACACGACGAGAAGCAAGAGUGUGGUGGGCUAAUUUGGUGAAAGAUUUUGUAUCUAAUGGUGUUGAUGGAAUAUGGAAUGAUAUGAAUGAACCCGCCGUUUUCAAAACAGUUACAAAGACAAUGCCUGAAAGCAACGUCCACAAUGCAGAUGCUGAAUUUGGUGGAAGACAAACCCAUUCUCAUUAUCAUAAUGUUUAUGGCAUGCUGAUGGCAAGAUCAACUUAUGAGGGAAUGAAAAUGGCCAAUGAGAAAAAGCGUCCCUUUGUUCUUACUAGAGCUGGCUUCAUGGGAAGUCAGAGGUAUGCUGCCACAUGGACAGGUGACAAUCUGUCAAAUUGGGAACAUCUUCAUAUGAGUAUACCAAUGGCCCUGCAACUGGGUCUAAGUGGUCAGCCAUUUUCAGGACCAGAUAUUGGUGGAUUUGCUGGUAAUGCAACCCCACGGCUUUUUGGGAGAUGGAUGGGCGUGGGUGCCAUGCUUCCUUUUUGUCGGGGGCAUUCUGAGGCUAGAACUAUCGAUCAGGAACCUUGGUCCUUUGGAGAAGAGUGUGAAGAAGUAUGCCGUCUCGCACUCUUGAGGCGCUAUCGGCUUAUGCCACACUUGUAUACACUUGUCUAUCAGGCUCAUAAAAGGGGCACUCCCAUCAUCUCUCCCACUUUUUUCGCUGAUCCAACUGAUAAAAAAUUGAGGAAUGUUGACAAUUCCUUUCUACUUGGGCCACUGUUAGUUUGUGCAAGCUCAAUACCAGAAAGUGGAUCACAUGAAUUAUCUCAUGAAUUACCUAAUGGAACUUGGAUGAGGUUUGAUUUUGGUGAUUCACAUCCUGAUUUGCCAAUUUUAUACUUGCAAGGAGGUUCAAUAAUUCCUGUUGGCCCUGCUCUUCAGCAUCUUGGUGAAGCCAAUCUAACCGAUGAGUUAUCACUUUUUAUAGCUUUGGACAUAAGUGGCAAGGCUGAAGGCGUUCUGUUUGAGGAUGAUGGUGAUGGAUAUGGAUACACUGAGGGAGCCUUUAUCCUUACGUACUACGUUGCGGAAUUGAACUCCUCUACUGUUACAGUUAGAGUUUCCCAAACUGAAGGAUCAUGGAGGAGGCAUACUCGUAGUCUGCUUGUUCAUAUUCUGCUUGGGAAUGGAGCCAUGAUUGUUGGACGAGGAAUUGAUGGUGAGGAAGUGCGCAUCAAAAUGCCUUCAGAAUGUGAAAUAUCUAAAUUGCUAUCUGCAAGUGAAACUCAGUACAGGGAAAAAUUAGAUAAAGCAAAGCUUAUUCCAGAUGCAGUUGAUCUCUCUGGGCAAAAAGGGAUUCAACUGUCAAAGACACCUGUUGAGAUCAAGAGUAGGGACUGGCUGCUUAAAGUUGUCCCAUGGAUUGGUGGUCGGAUGAUCUCCAUGAUACAUCUUCCAUCAGCGACCCAGUGGCUUCACAGUAGGGUUGAAGUUGGUGGAUACGAGGAGUAUAGUGGUGUUGAAUACCGAUGUGCUGGAUGCUCUGAGGAAUACAAAGUAACUGGGAGGAAUCUUGAGCAAUCUGGUGAAGAGGAAGCUCUUUCUCUAGAAGGAGAUAUUGGUGGUGGAUUAGUGCUUGAACGCCAUAUAUUCAUUCCCAAAGAUAAUCCGCAGGUUCUUUGCAUUUAUAGUGGCAUUAUAGCACACACUGUGGGAGCUGGUUCGGGUGGAUUCUCAAGGCUGGUUUGCUUGCGAGUGCACCCAACUUUUACCCUUCUACACCCAACGGAAGUGUUUGUCAUGUUCAAAUCAAUUGACGGUUCGAAGCAUGUAAUUGAACCUGAAGCAGGAGAAACAAUGUUGGAGGGAGAUAUCCGCCCUAAUGGUGAAUGGAUGCUGGUUGACAAAUGCGCUGGUCUGGGGCUGAUUAACAGAUUUGACGUAAGGCAGGUAAGUAAAUGCCUGAUUUAUUGGGGGGCUGGAACAGUUAAUUUAGAGCUGUGGUCUGAAGAAAGGCCUGUUUCAAAGGAGACUCCUUUGGCAAUUUCUCACCAAUAUGAGGUGAAAGGGAUCCCUGAACUCUGAGAAGUGUUUCUUUCUGGAAUUAAGAAUGGCCAUGUCAUUUGAAAGGGGCUUUAUCCUCAGCUUUAGUAAUUUUUACUCUCCUCUUUUAUGACGAUUAAGCAAAGGAAUUGCUUUCGUGUACCGUUAAAGUUUUCUCUUUGAUUAUUAAAUGGAAGAGGGGGAUUUAUACCUACCACUCAAAUCUAUGUAUUUACAUACCCAACACCUAAACUUUACUUUUUAU